AUGAUUUUCGACUCCCCUAACGACGCCAUGCCAUGGGUCGGCUUGUAUAUUGCAGUUGCAUCCGUGAUAUGCAUCCUUGCAAUAGCAGCUGAUGUUGUCCAAGGUUUUCGGCAAUGGAAGCUCUGGUUUCCAAAUAGAUUUUUCACACUUAAUGCUGCUACGAUCACACUUGUUGCGAUAGCUAUGAAACCAGUCGUGGAUCUCCCUAAUGAAGUGCCUGAUUAUAAAGCUAAUAAUUUUAAGGUAGUCAGCAUGAGUUUCUUGAUCACAAUGCUAGGCAAUCUUCUCCCUUCUCUAGGACUUUUGGAUGGCAGAGAGCUUCUAAUGAACAUGGUGGCUUUGGGUAUCCUUAUUAUCACCAUUUUUGUAAAUUUUGUGAUCCAGUUUGAUAUAUCAAACUUGGUGUCUACAUUUCUUUUGAUCUUUAUUACUCUAUGGCCAUUUUCAGUUGCUGUAACAGUUUCAGCAACUAGAAAAAACUUGGAACACCGGUACAAGGAGUCCCAAUCAUUGGUUUCAUGUCAUCAAGAGAAAAUGUUUUCCUACAAGGAACACAAACGUCUUGUUAAAAAGUAUUGGAUGAUGACAGAAACUCAUAACCCCCAAUUUGUAAUUGCUUGUUCGCCAAUUUCUUCUGCUUUCGGGGUUAUAUGCUCGUUCUUUGGCUUACGUGGAGUGUUCCAAAUAUAUGUCCUAUGUGCAGGUGACAUUACAUUUACAGACUCUGUUAUUUCAGAUUAUAAGUGGUCAUCGGACAUAAUUGUGUGGGUGCAAACAAUUGGGAUUGUAUUAGGCGGUAUUGCACCAACUUUUAGAUGUUUCACAUCUAUUGGUCAUUACAACCUCUCCAAGAAAUGGAGCAAGAACCAGUUAAACGUGUUUCGAGUCGAGAAACAUUGGAUUGAAACGCUCCAAAAGUGGAAGCGUAGUCAUGUUCACUUACAUAUUCCGGGCCACCAUUGCAAAAUAGUUUUUCAUUAUAUAAAAAACACCAUUUUGAACAUUUGGAUAACAAUUCAUAUUGGGGUUUUGAUUAUAUGUAAAAUAAUAUGUCUCAUUCCGAGAACAUUUCUCAUCUUGCUCUCUUGUUGCUGGCAUUUUAUUAAGUCAUUUUUGAAAAGGUUUAAAAAUGUAGCAAAUGCAUCAAGUAACAAUAUGAGCUUAGGAAUAGAAGAAUAUGCUAGGUAUGUUGUACAAAUAGAAGAGGAUGCAAAGCUUUCAAACAGGAUACUAAGAAAUACGCUCCAUUCUAUAACUAAACUCCUAGAUAAGUCUGAAAAGAAAGAGCCACUGAAUCUAGUGAAACUUUUGGAGAAAUCGACUGGAGUUAAUGGAGUAGUAAAGUUUGACAAUGACCAAGUCCCACCUUUAUAUCCUGAAGAAAUCAACAAUUGUUGGAGUCUUGUAGUAGUAACUUUGACAUCUAUUGCCAUAGCACUUCCAAACGUUGCAAAUGGUCAUUUCAAGAGGUUACUUGUCAGCGUGAGGGAAGGCCUCCAAAUUAUAAGACACGUUGAAGAAUGUCUCAAUGCAGAUGAGGACUUGGAAAAGGCAAGAAAAGCAGCAAAACACGCGUGGGUAGAAGUUGAAAUGUACCGUAGUUGGCUUCAAAUUGAACUUCAAAAAUUGGCCCAGAAAGGAAAAUGUUCGAAGGAGAUUCUUAACUGGUUGGGUGAUGAAGCAGCAAAAAUUGUGAUACAAUUUAAAAGUAUCAAAAGGCCAAGUAUAGAUCACUCACCUUAUAAGUUUAUACUUGCAAGUUCCAUGUAUAGAAUUAGCCAGUCUAUAUUGCUAGAAUGCAAUGAGCAAGAAAAUUUGUCGAGGAGUGAUGAAGAACUUUUUGAAUGGAUAUCAACUAUGAUUGCAGCUAUAUUAUCUGCUUGCUUUACCAACUUACCCCAUGUCAUAAACAUGAAGUGUCAUCACCGUGCGAUCGAGAAAAGAGAAGACAACAUUCGAAAUGCAGCCCAGCUUCUUGGUAAAUCAAAAAAGAUCCUUAAGAUCCUUAAGGCGCGUCAACUUCCUAACAUAGAUCUAGACUCAAUGGCAUACGUUGAUAAGUGGCAUGAAUUAACAAUUAGUCAACUACCUAAUGCUGGUCAACCCAAUGGUGUCAACACUAGUGCUUCUACAACCAUGAUUGAACGAGAUUCUUCGAGUUCUGUUGAAUCCUUCACAAUAAGUUUUAUGUAA